AUGACGAUUCCUAAUUCCGCCGAUUUCAUGGUUGAGAACGGAGUCAUUGAUUUCCCGUCUACUCCCGAGGAAGAGCGACGUGUCGUGUCUGACCUGACUACCGAGUCGGAGGAUAAUUUGAAGGAAGGAAACUUGUAUUUUGUCAUCUCUAAAAGGUGGUACACAAGCUGGCAGAAAUAUGUUGAGCAACCAACUAACGAAUGUUCAAGUGGAGAGCCAUCGGAAGCUCCAAGGCCUGGACCAAUUGAAAACCAUGAUAUUAUUGAAAGUGGAAACGACACUAGUGAUCCACAACUUCGCAGAUUGCUGGUGGAAGGGGAAGACUACGUUCUAGUUCCUGAAGAAGUUUGGAAAAGACUUGUUGAAUGGUAUGGCGGAGGUCCUCCGAUACCAAGGAAGUUGAUCUGUCAAGGGUUUUACAGUAGGAGUUAUAGUGUGGAGGUUUAUCCACUCUGCCUUAUGUUAACAGACGGAAGAGAUGAAAGUAUAACUGCAAUACGGUUGGGAAAACAGGCCUCUAUAAGGGAACUUUAUGAGAAGGUUUGUGCUAUGACAGGGGUACCGCAAGAAAAGGUUCACAUCUGGGAUUACUAUGGUAAGAGGAAAGGUGGAUUCUUGGAUCCUUCAUCUAACAACUCCCUGGAAGAGUCUAGCCUUCACAUGGACCAAGAUAUUCUUCUUGAAGUUGAUGGGUCCUCUUCUUCUCAGUAUGCUACGAGCUCAGCAGGAAAUGAGCUAGCUCUGGUACCUCUGGAACCUUCAAGAUCACGUGUUACAAUUGCUGGGGGCCCGACCCUAUCUAAUGGUCAUUCCACAACGUCCAAGUUUAGUCUCUUUCCGAGAAUCAAUUCUGAAGAUGAUGGCAGCGAUUCUUUGAAUAAUCUUGGGAAAGGGGAGAAGGGAGGAUUGGCAGGAUUGAGUAAUUUGGGAAAUACCUGCUUUAUGAAUAGUGCUCUUCAAUGUUUGGCCCACACGCCUCCAAUUGUUGAAUACUUCUUGCAAGAUUACACUGAGGACUUAAACAGAGAUAAUCCUUUAGGAAUGUCUGGUGAGCUGGCUAUUGCAUUUGGUGAGCUGUUGAAGAGAUUAUGGUCAUCAGGAAGGAACGCAGUUGCCCCGCGCGCUUUUAAGACAAAACUGGCUAGAUUUGCUCCACAGUUUAGUGGUUACAAUCAGCACGAUUCUCAAGAACUGCUUGCUUUCUUAUUGGAUGGGCUGCAUGAAGAUUUGAAUAAGGUGAAACGAAAACCUUACAUUGAACUUAAAGAUUCUGACAGUCGUCCUGAUGAUGAAGUUGCGGAAGAGCUUUGGAACUAUCAUAAGGCCCGGAAUGAUUCUGUAAUAGUUAACGUCUGCCAAGGUCAAUACAAGUCAACUUUGGUUUGUCCAGUUUGUGGGAAAAUCUCAAUCACUUUUGAUCCCUUCAUGUACCUGUCUUUACCUUUGCCAUCAACACUUACGCGGCCAAUGACAGUUACAGUGUUUUAUUGCGAUGGAAGUCGUCUUCCGAUGCCAUACACUGUAACAGUGCCUAAACAUGGAUCUUGUAGAGAUCUUAUUACUGCAUUAGGUACUGCUUGCUGCUUAACCGAUGAUGAGACCCUUUUACUUGCAGAGGUAUAUGAUCACAAGGUCUUUAGGUAUUUUGAGACUCCACUGGAGUCACUGAGUGUGAUAAAAGACGAUGAGCAUAUUGUGGCGUAUCGGUUAAAUAAGAUGCAGAAAGGAUCAGGAAAAGCAAAACUUGAAAUCCUUCAUGGAGGGCAGGAAAGGGCUGUUCUGGAGAGUGUUAAAGGCAAAGACGUGAAGCUUUUUGGGACUCCUUUUGUCACUUAUGUCAACGCAGAACCACUAAGUGGAACUGACAUUGAUGCAAUUAUCUCUGGAUUUCUGUCACCUCUACACAGGGUUCAAGCCUCAUCUAAGAUUCAUAACGGAGUAGAAAAUGGCCACCUUCCUGAUGCUGCUGCUGACGAAACAUCCGGAAGUAUAUCAUCCCCAGAUACUGAGAUAGAGGAUGCAUCUGAUAGAGAGUUAUCUUUCAGGAUCUUCUUAACAGAUGAUCGCGGAUUGAACUUCAAACCACUUCACUCUGAGUCUUCUGUGAGCACUGGCACCGUUACAAGGGUUUUAGUCGAGUGGAAUGAGGCUGAGCAUGCAAAAUAUGAUUCCAGCUACUUGAAUGACCUCCCAGAGGUUCACAAAACAAGUUUCUCUGCAAAGAAGACAAGGCAAGAGGCGAUAUCUCUGUUUUCAUGCUUGGAAGCCUUUCUAGCAGAAGAGCCUCUGGGACCAGACGACAUGUGGUUUUGUCCUGGCUGCAAAGAACACAGACAAGCGAACAAAAAGCUAGACCUGUGGAAGUUGCCAGAUAUUCUCGUGUUCCAUUUGAAACGGUUCACGUAUAGCAGAUAUCUGAAGAAUAAGAUUGAUACGUUUGUGAAUUUCCCAAUCCACGAUCUAGACUUGAGCAAGUACGUGAAGAACGAGAAUGGCCAGUCUUAUCUAUAUGAGCUCUAUGCCGUUAGCAAUCAUUACGGUGGACUUGGUGGUGGUCACUACACUGCCUAUGCUAAGUUGAUUAAAGCUGGUGAUUCGGUUCGGUUGGAGAGUUCUGCUUCAGCAAUGGUCGCCGGCGCCGGAAACUCGUACCUCAUCGGGAAAUCCGCUGCAAGUGUACCCGACAAACACUGUGUGAAUGACCAGCUGAUUCGCCGUCUCUCUUCCGCCGCCGCCGUGACACGCUCAUUCCUCAAUUCCAACGAUCUGUUCCUCCCUCCAUCCCAACAUCUCCGUCUUGAAUCCCUCGUCUCAUCUCUCCCAAUCGCGCCUUCACCCUCAUCCACCUCCACUUCCACGUGGUUCCACCGCUUCUUAACCUCCGCCGUAGAAGACGACGAUCCUCGCUGGCAUCUCUGUUUCAAAAUGUCACGACCCACUUUCUUCCAUCUCCUCUCCAUCCUCUCCUCUUCCGAUUCUCCGUCGCUUCCUCCAUCCUCCCUCGCGGCUACGAUCUUCCGUCUCGCUCACAACGCUCCCUACAAGUCUCUCCUUCUCCGAUUCGGCUUCGAUUCCGUCGCCGACGCUUCCCGCGCUUUCUUCACCGUCUGCAAACUCAUCAACGAUAAAUUAGGGCGAUUAGAUGAUCCCAAACCUGAUUUCUCACCUCGAUUGCUCCCGAAUUGCUGCGGCGUGUUGGGAUUCGGGAGAUUCAAGGUAGAUGGGAAGCUCCUCGGAUCGAAAGGUUCGCUGAUUGUUCAAGCAAUCGUUGAUUCCGGUGGCAGAUUCUCCGAUAUCUCAGCUGGAUGGCCAAGUACGAUGAAACCAGAAACCAUUUUCCGGCAAUCGAAGCUUUUCUCAGCCGCGGAAUCGGAAUCGGAAUCCAGAUGCUUCUUAGAUGGAGCUCCAUGCGAGCUUGGAAAAGGGAUUUCAGUGGCUCCUUACGUUCUUGGAGAUUCUCGUCUUCCGUUAUUGCCAUGGCUCAUGACUCCUUAUGAUUCCUCUUCCUUAGACGAGGAAGAAGACAGUUUCGAGACGUCUCGCAGAGAAUUCAACAAUGUUGUUCGCAGUGCAUUGAAGACUGUUGAGGUUGCAUUUGAUAAGGUUCGAGCUCGGUGGAGGAUUCUUGAUAGGAAAUGGAAGCCAGAGACGAUCGAGUUUCUGCCGUUUGUCGUAACCACGUGUUGCUUGUUGCAUAACUUUCUUGUGAAUAGCGGAGAUGAUGGUGAAUUACCUGAGGAACGUGUGAAUGAUGGUGUUGCUGGUGAGAUGAGGAAAGAUGAAGAAGAAGAAGAUGAGGAGGAGGAGACGAAGAGCUAUGAAGGAGAAGCGUUUAUUGAGUCGAGGAGGAUCAGAGAUGCUAUUGCAGAGAACCUGAGCCGCGAUAGUUCGACUAAGAUGAAUUGA